AUGCCUACAAAGAACCUAUCCGUCGUCAUCUGCCACGGCUCCUACCUAACCCCCGCCCCCUAUGAGCCCCUCAUCCAAGCCCUACAAUCCCACGACAUCAAAGCCCACUGUCCCCAACGCCCAACCUGCGAUCUCACCAGACUCAAUGUCGGCGAUGUGAACCAUCCCGACUUUGACCGUGAACCGCCCGCAGGCGGCUAUCCCAGUGACACAGAAGACGUGGACGUCGUCAUCCAGCUUCUCGACAAACUAAUCAACCAAGACGGCAAGCUCGUCCUCCUAGUCGCACAUUCCUCCGGAGGCUGGGUCGCCACCCAAGCCGCCGUGCCCGCACUGCAGGCUAAAUCCCGCCAAGCGGAGGGCAAAUCAGGCGGGAUAAUCGGAUUAUUUUACAUGGGGGCAUUUGUUGUCCCUGUUGGGGAGUCCGUGACUAGCUUUUUCCAGCCGAAGGAUGGGACGUUUUACAUACCCCCGUUUAUUCGAUUUCACAAACACGGUCCAGCAGGCCUAGGCACUACCGUCGACGCACCUCGGUAUAUAUUCAGUGACAUUGACCCUGAGGAUGCGGAACGAUGGGCUGCGGGGCUGACGGCGGCCCCUAUUAUGACGGAUAAGCUGACGAAUGAUGCCUACUCGGUGCUUCCGUGUGCUUAUCUAGUGUUGGAGAAUGAUUUGACUUUGGCGAAGGAAUACCAGGAGGGGAUGAUUGCGUUGCAGAGUCAGAGGGGGGCUGAGUUUACUGUUUAUCGUGCGCCGUCGGGACAUUCGCCUCAUCUUAGUUGGACGGGUGGGGUGGUUGGGAGAAUUGAGAAUUUUGUGGGUAAGAUUUGGGGUGAAGAGGUUGUUGGAUAGAUUGGUUGUGGCGGAUGAGUGUUUGUUUUGAUACCAAUUGGUUUUUUAUUAUUUUUUG